UAAAAAGUCUUAUUAUUACCUUAACCUGGUUGUUUUCAAUCUUGUUUCAGAAAGUUUCUAAAAAUGGACGCCUUUCUAAGCAAUGGAAAGGCCGCUGGCGGCGACGCUGGCAAUAAGACGCCGACAGGCAAAAUUGAGAAGCAGUAUCAGAAGAAAUCACAGCUUGAGCACAUUUUGCUCAGGCCUGAUACAUAUAUUGGUUCGGUUGAACACCACACGGAGCAGAUGUGGGUCUAUGACUCGGAGAAGAAUGCGAUGGAGAAGCGUGAGAUCACCUACGUUCCCGGAUUGUUCAAAAUUUUUGAUGAAAUUCUCGUAAACGCUGCCGACAACAAGCAGCGAGACCCCACAAUAAACACUAUCAAAAUUGAAAUUAAACCGGAAGAAAAUGUGAUUUCGAUCUACAACAACGGCGAGGGCAUUCCGGUGGUGCUGCACAAGGAGCAGAAGAUGUAUGUGCCGACGAUGAUCUUCGGCCACCUGCUGACCAGCUCCAAUUACAACGACGAAGACGACAAGGUGACCGGUGGUCGCAAUGGCUACGGAGCCAAACUGUGCAAUAUUUUCAGCUCGUCGUUCAUCGUCGAAACCAGCUCCAAGGAGUACAAGAAGAGCUUUCGACAGAAAUGGGCCGACAACAUGUCGAAAACUUCGGAGCCGAAAAUAAAGGAAGAUGACGGAGAUUUCACGAAAGUGACAUUUUCGCCGGAUCUGUCCAAAUUUAAGAUGGAUAAGUUGGACAAAGACAUAGUCGAUCUGAUGUCAAGGAGAGCCUGCGACGUUGCCGCGUCGACUGGCGGCGUUAAAGUGUUUCUCAACGGCAAAAAUCUUCAGGUGCUGUUCACAUGCCUGAAGCGCACCGACAAGCGUGAGAUCAAGGUGGCCCAGCUGGCCGGGUCGGUGGCCGAGCAGUCGGCCUACCACCACGGUGAGGUGUCACUGAUGUCGACCAUCAUCAACCUGGCGCAGAACUAUGUGGGCAGCAACAAUAUCAACCUGUUGCAGCCGCUCGGUCAGUUCGGCACGCGAUUGCAGGGCGGCAAGGACGCCGCAAGUCCGCGUUACAUCUUCACCAUGCUCAAUCCUCUCACGCGUCUCAUCUUCCACCCGGACGACGAUCUGCUGCUCAAGUACCUCAAGGACGACAAUCUCAGGGUCGAGCCGCAAUGGUAUAUGCCGGUGAUACCGAUGCUGCUAGUGAACGGCGCCGAAGGCAUAGGUACUGGCUGGAUGACGAAGAUCCCGAACCACAAUCCGCGCGAAAUCGUUGCCAACAUCAAGCGCAUGAUGCAGGGCGAGGAGCCGCUGCCGAUGAAGCCGUGGUACAAGAACUUUCUGGGCGAAAUCGAUCCGCUCGGCUUGGAGAAGUUUGUGGUGAACGGCGAGGUGGGCAUCAUCAGCGACACUCGGCUUGAGAUCACAGAGCUGCCGGUCGGCACCUGGACGCAGAACUACAAGGAGUCGGUGCUCGAGCCGAUGCUGCAUGGUGCCGACAAGACGCCAGCUUGUAUCACUGAAUACAAGGAGUACAACACAGACGCCACAGUAAAGUUUGUCAUCACAAUGUCAGCUGAUAAGCUCGCGCAAGCUGAAAAUGAAGGCCUGCACAAGUUUUUCAAGCUGCAAACACUCAUCAACAGUUCUAUUAACAACUGUUUGAAGAGAUACACCUCGGCGAUUGAAGUGCUGAAGGAAUUUUUCCCCGCAAGGAUGUUGUACUACGAGAAGAGGAAAGACAAUAUGGCCGGCACUCUCGAAGCCGAAACUAGAAAAUUGUCCAACCAGGCAAGGUAA